CAUCAAUUUCACAAGAAAACUGUUUUUCAGGUUGUGAAGACCGUAAAGCCCUACCAUACGCAGUCUGAUCCUGAGAAACCAAGAUACCUGGAGUACGGAAAACCAGCAGAUUUUGAAUGCAAUAUUGACGGCACACCACGACCAGAUUAUAGUUGGUUAAAAGAUGGUAGACCCUACGAAGGUGGCGAGCUGUCACCAGACAAUCGGCGGCUUCACAUAGCGAGGGUGGCGGCUGAGGACAAGGGAGUUUUUGAAUGUAUGGCCACAAACCGAGCUGGCACAAUUGUGUACAAGUUUGCAGCGAAGGUGAAAGGGGCGGGCGCGAGAGUGUCGAGACCUUUCUUGUUCAUGAUCUUCAUGCUAUUGUUGGGAUUGCUAUGCUGUUUGGUAACAGCUUUGGUACUGUACUUUAAGCAGCGAAAGACAGCUAUAGAACAGGAGAGGGCAUCUCUUUUCUUGGAAACGAAAUCCCGAACCAGAGUGUAUAAGUGUGCUAUACCUCCGCAAUGA